AUGGUGGAUUAUUUUGUCGAAGACCCGAAAUACAACAAAGAUAUUUUUCAGCAUAUUUUCCGUAUGUCGAAACAUUUGUUUCUAAAAAUUGUGAGCGAUGUGGAAGCGAACGACUCGUGGUUUCAAGAGGCCCUCGAUGCGCGAGGUAGGAAGGGCUUUACGCCGUUGCAAAAGGUUACAUCGGCUAUUAAACAGCUCACAACUGGUAGCACUCUAGACGAGAACAAUGAGUACUUGCAUAUGGCCGAAAGAACUUCCCGCAAGUGCCUAGAAUAUUUUUGCGACACGGUUUGCAAAAUAUACGCUCCGGAGUUCUUACGUAGACCGACAAGCCACGACAUGACACUUUUAUACGAAGCUUAUGAGGAAAAACAUCACCUUCCAGACGACGACAACGCGAUAGCACCGAUACACAUUCGGGAUCCUCCGGUCGAGCCCGCUCUAGACGAUACGGUGUUGGACGAGCUAAUGGAUGAAGACACACAUUGGAGACUAAAACACGAUCUCAUGAAUCAUCUCGCAAGUCAAGAUUUACCCCACCUUUUGGUCGAUUCCGACGAAGACUAG